AUGUUACGUAUUUAUGAUUUGUUAAAUGGAGUUGCUGGCAAGGCGACACAAAUCCGCAGACAAUCGAAAAGCAUUGCAGCCGUCACCAACUCAAGUCUCACAAUUGAGUCAAAUACGCAGGUGCUUCGAACGGCACGUGCGCGUAGUCGAUCAGCAGUGCCCGAGAUGGCACGCAGUGUAUCCGUCCCUGGUCGGCGGGCUCCGGAGCACGCAGAUACAGACUAUGUCACAGAGUUGCCUUGUCACGGCGACCUGCUGGCCCGAACAGCCUGGUGUGGCGUCAAGCCUUCAAAACACUCAUUCGAGCCUCGAAUUUCGAAAUCCCGGGAACACGUAUCCAUACGAGGGAUCCAUGGCAAGUUGCCAAUGGAACAGCAAGUUGCUGUCAGCAACCAAGCUGCGGUACUGCAGCGACUCGAUCGAGCGUUGGGAAAGCAAAUCUGUGCGCAGUUCGUGGCGAGCUCCCAGCAACCCGGGCGAACGCUGCAAGUUGUGCAGACGCUGAGUCCGCGCCGGCGUCACCCAAGCGUUCGAUUUGGACGAUCCAAAAGCUCGAAGCCGGCGCUGGUAGCGACUUCGCAGACCCAAUUCACACGACCCUUCUACUUGUAUUUACAUGUAGCAGGAGCCGGUUAUGCGAACAAAACGUUGAUGUCGCGUGGCCUUCGCGGAGGCUUCAUGUCGUGUCUGCAUAUCCAGCUGGUCAAGGUGAUCCAAGCGUUCAACCUUCAGCGACGUCGCAAAUUUUUCACUGGAGGAAGUGCGACACAGCAGGCUUGCCGGGUGCUGUACAUGUACAUGUAA